AUGACUUGUCCGAUUUUCUGUCGUCAGUUUGUUCGAUCCGAGUUUGACAGCUACCCUGUGACUCGUCACAAAUAGUGCAGUUCCCAUAUCGUUUCCGUUGAAUUGGACCGAUGCUUUCCCCCAAUAACACGACGAACACCGCUUGCUCCCUGCGUGAUCGACCUCCUUCAUGUUUCAGUACCAGUGCCAUGAGAUUACUCUUCUCAUAAGCAUUUCAAAGUUGACUUUGCACUGGAAUAGCCCUUCCCGUAGUUCCAUAAAAUCUGUUCGCCUGCCAAAAAAUUCUACUUCAUAGUCGCCACCUAAAAAACGAUCUGCCAGCUCCAUUUUCAAUUUCAUUUCUUCUAACUCUUCCUUAAUCCCAAACUAACUUUCUUCCCGUACGUGAUCUUUCUGGACAUCCACUUUGCAAAUAAAUCUUUCCCAUUGGGACAUCGCGUACAUCAAGCCACGGGAAAUCUUGGAUCAGUUGAGCUACUCGCCGUAGAUUGAGAUAUUGUUGCUUGUAUUCAUCUUGGAAGUAUCCUGGUCCAACUGAGAAUUGCCUGCUAUUGAACCCUCCCAUAUAGUCGAGCACAUUCGCAGGGUUAGCGAUCUCAGGCAAAUGGCAGACAUAACGUGCUCGUUUCGCUUCCUCAGCUGCUGGAAUUGCGCCUUUGUGACAGUUCCUCGAGCCAACUUCCCAAUUUACCUGAUCUCCUCUCUUCUUGUCCUUCUUCAUCCAUCGUUCUCAGUGUAGUUGCUCUCGCUGAUGACAAAGCCGAUUGCGUAGUUGGAGACAAACGUGCCAUAAUGAUGUCUGCGGGAGUAACUGUUUUCUCCUUUCGUAGUUUCAUGACAGUCUCCUGCUCGCCACUUUACCUUUUUCUUCUGACAAUUGAGUAUAUGGACAGCAUUUCUAUAUUGCCUUCAGAUUCACUGCCAAAACUAGUGGUGACGCACUAACGUGUGCUACUGUACUCGCUGGCGAACAACCGGAAUCUUGUUCAUACUGAUCGGUUCUAGUAGGGACAGCUUUCCUAGCACUCUUUCGCCUUGUACGUCUGCUGUUUUCAAAGUUUUCGUCCUCAUUGUCGUCACUACUCCCAUCCAUUAGUCCAGUGGCGUCGCCUUUGCUUCGGCUUAGUCUCAUUUUUUUAUUUCGACGUUUUGCUAUGCAUAUGGGAAAACGUCUGAAGAACUUCUUAGAGCUUCAUGUCUAAUAGGUUCAUCGGUUGUGAAUUCUUCGCCUUAAUCACCUAUGAUAUCAUUAUAGACCGACAAGUCCGAUGGAGAAUCACUUUCCAUACGAAGGUCGCUGGGACCUUCAAAUUCUUCCUCUUCUUCAUCUGCGAUGCGUCCUUGCCUCGGCAGCUGUGA